AUGGCUCCAGAUAUUUCCAUGACUACUACUCAGAUCCAAAAACCAUCAAACCCUAACACCGACACAACCACCAACACUCCUUCAUCAUCAACUUGGAUGUGGAACCCUAAACAACAUCAACAUCAAGAACAAGAAGAUGAAGAUUCAUGGGAGGUAAGAGCUUUUGCAGAAGACACAAGGAACAUCAUGAACACAACAUGGCCACCAAGAUCCUACACCUGCACUUUUUGUAGAAGAGAGUUCCGCUCAGCUCAAGCUCUUGGUGGUCAUAUGAAUGUCCACCGCCGCGACCGAGCUCGUCUCCAUCAAAAUCAACCACCUUUAAAUUCCCCUCAUCAUCCUUCUUCUCCGUUCAUACAUAUCCCUCCUCCAGAGCUUGUUAAUGCUGGAUUGUGCCUUUUUUACCAUCCACCAAACCCUAAUAUUUCUUCCUUCAAUGAUUCUAAUGGAGAUUCUCCUUCAACUUUUCUCUCUAUAUCAUCAUCAUCUUAUCCAACAAACAACUUCAUGAUGCAAAUGCAAAUGCAAACUUGUUCUCCUCCAUCUUUUCAUUUUCAGGCUAAUUCAGCUAGGAACUUGAUCAAUCAAAGCAUCUCUUCUUUUUCUAACAAACCUGCUAUCUGCACCUCCAUUGACGAUAAGGUUCAUGAAAUUGAAGAGCUUGAUCUUGAGCUACGUUUGGGGAACAAGCCAUCACCGGCAUGA